GAUUUGGCUUUGUGGAGAGCACAGGGGCGGGACGCCAUAAUUUUUGUUGAUCGCCGCCGUCACCGCCGCAGACUUUGGUUUUGUUAGAUUGUUGUUUAUUUUAUUUUAUUUGGUAGUUGUCAGUUAUUUGCCUUUUGUUUAAUCAACCUUCAAACGAAGCGUAUUUGUGUUGGCAUUUUUUUUGUUUGAUUAAGGCAGUGCGUCGGACAGAGAGAGACCCGACUCCGAGCUCAAGCGACUUUUUUGGUUCUGUCGCUACAGUACUCAAAGGGUGCUCAGGUGAGAAACAUCAAAUAUAGACAAACAACACUUCUGUUGGAUAGUAGGUAAUCCCCCGGAGCUCCUUUUAAGACACAAAUGGUUAAAGCCACAAACCAAACUAACCUCAAACACAAACUGCAACUGAGAGCUUACCUCAUACUUGAGCUUUUUCACCUCGCUGCAGAGAGCAGCAUAGACUGUGAUGACUUUGUUCAGGACCUGCACAAACAGAAUGCUUAUUACUAAAUAAGGAAGACUUAACAACAAGAGGAAAGUUCAAUAGUCGUCUUUAUUUACCUUGUUGUCUGUUUUGAUUAACUCCAGUAAAGAGGACUGUUCAUAUGGGAGGAGCUGAAAGAAAGAAGAAAGUAGUAGUACAUGAGGAGAACAGUGUUAUCUCUUCAGGGUGAUAUUCUGUUGGUGGUUUUUGGAGUAUUACCUUUAGAGCGAUGGGAUCCAGAGUAAAGUCCCAAACCUCCCCGAUAGAGUCGUCUAGAGCCUCCUCGAUCCCCCUCAGCUGAGAGGUGUACUCUUCAAGAAACCGGCUGUAGUUCUUCAGCUGAACCUCGAGGUGUAUUUCUACAGGAUUAAAUGUUUGGUCACUUCAGAGGGUCUGAUGCCAGAUUCAUGACUUACAGAUUCACGUUAAAGUGCUUCUGCAGAUGAUUAGAAGCAGAACAACUAUGUUGUUAAAAUACUGAAUAAAAUGUUUGGUUUUAAAUUUUUGGAAACUUUCUUUUACCAGUAAGUAAAAUCACCACAACAUUUUAACAAUACAUCAAAACUCCCUUGAAUAUUUGCAAAAGAUAGCGAGACACUAACAACUAUUUAAUUCACAUUUCAGAACUGAGUGUUUCUGUCAGUUGUUGAAGCCGCUGUCACCAAAAUGAAAGGUUAUGUUAGCCACACAGGUCAAUAUGUAAAAAUGCUUCUCCACCUAAUAAUCCUCAUCAAAAUAAGAAUGAUUUUUUCAAUGAAUGAAAAACCUGUUUUUGUUUUGGUCUACAAGUAUUAGUCUAUCAUUUGGCACACUUCACAGAAGGCUACAUGACUGUGUAAUCUCACAUCUUCAUGGGAUCUUUGUGGAAAAGCUCCACAUAUUUAUGCUUCCAAACUUGACUGCAUGUUAGUUGAUUGUAAUUCCUACUCAAUUAUCUCACCAGGCAGAUCUUUAGUUACUGUGGGGAAGCCUUACAAACACUUCAUGUCAACGAUAAAUCCAAACAUCAGUAUAUAUAAGCAUGUUUGACAAAUUUUGAGAAGCAGAUGGAUUAUUUUGCAUGUGAUGGUCAAACUAUGAAGACAAUAAAAAACUCCGUUAGAAUCAGCUGGCGUGUGAUUUGGGUGCAGAUUGGUAGAGAAGUGUAUACUAUACAGUCUAUGGUGUAUACACACGGAUCAAAACAAUGCAAUCUACUUGAAUGAAUGUAACAUUAUGCUCUCUUCUGUAUGACAAACUAAUCGUUCAGAGAUUAGAGCUCAGUGUUUCUAAAAAAUACUUUUCUCAUCUGAGAUCCGAGCCAAAGCAAACGAGAAAAACUGUAACCUGUCAGACUGAUCAGCUGUCUGACUGAUGACGGUGAUUAAUGCCUGCUAACUUUGUUGUCACGUUACUUCCAAAAAGAUUAUUUCAUAAAUAAAACACUGUCCCGAGGAUGCCGUGUGUGAAUAGUUAUAAUGCUACUAUAAAUACUCCCUAUUAUGAGUUCAUUUGCCAAGUGUUUGUUUGCAAUCAACAUUAGCAGAUGUUGUCUUUCAGCAAUUAGACGGAGCCCGAAGUCAAUGCAUCCUGCUAAUAACGGAAGCUAACAGUGCAGGUAGCGUAACGUCAGUUCACUUUAGCACGUCAGGUACUUACUCUGUGAACCGUCAUCAAAACGGUCAAACUCCCAGUCAGGUGCGAUGGUUUCCACAGCCAUGGCGCCGGUAAAUAUGACCAAAAUCCCCGGUGUUAAAAACUGGAGCAAUACAGUCCCAUGAUGGGUCUCAUGAUUUGUAAAAUGCCGCUAGCGUUCAUGGGAAAUGAAGUCCAGGAGCCAUAUACGUGACAAACUUUCUAAACAACUGUCUAAAAAAGAGUAUUAAGUGUUAUGGUUCUCAACAAGAAAUACGUAUUUUCAUAUUCUACUUUUUAAGCAUAAUAUUAUGUGCCAGUUUGCCAAGGAAGUAAUCCUGAAUCUUGACUCUGAUUAUUGUUGGUUUUCCUGCUUUACAUUUAUUUCUGCAACAGCUUUUAUAAUGGCUGCUUUGUUAGUUCUGCAACAAAUACAAGCCUUCAAAUUUUCUAUUAGCUUAUGUACCAUUGUGUUUAAAAAUAACACCAUGUGAGCCAAGACAAACAAUAACAACUAGGAUAUAAAUAGAGCAGUUGGCCCUUAACAAAGAGCUGUCAAAUAUGUGUACGUAUCCCUCUGUCUAUCUGAUUCAGGCUACAUGCAGACUGUCUUUAUGUUCGACAAGGCAUGGUAGAUAGGGUGUGUGUGUGUGUGUGUGUGUGUGUGUGUGUGUGUGUGUGUGUGUGUGUGUGUGUGUGUGUGUGUGUGUGUUGUGAGGUUAGAUAAUGUCACGGUGGAGACUCAGCACACCAUUCAGAAGACGGCAGAAGCCUCAAGGAAGAGUCAUUGCAGCGGAGUGUGAGGGAAAAAACACCAAUACUUCUGUCAUGUUUUCAUAACAAGGGUAAGGCACUUUUUUCAUGCUUUAGAAAGGCAAAGAAAUGGCACUCAAAAUAUGAUCUAUUUAUAUACAAGCACUUAAUGGCACUGGUCAUAGUAUACCUGUAGAGAUGCUGGAGAGAUAUAGGAGCAACAUUUGAAAUCAUUGGAACAGAUUUAAAGUUACUCUACAUUUUUGUUUGUGAUCAACUUUUUGACCUCAUAGUUGAAGAAUUUCCUUCUCCUUCUUAAGAACUGUUAAGUUGGUGUACCAUGCUCUCCUUUAGGUAAGCCUGUUAUUUCAGCAGCACAGGAUUCUGUAGAGAUUUGACACUGAGCUUUAACUGACUGAACAUGUUUUUAGCUCUCAUAAGUUCAUGGCGCUGCAACUUCUCUGAUGGUUUUAAGGGUUUAGGGGUUAGUUUGAGCUUAAUCAAUUGUAACAAUUAAUGUAAACCAUUAUCAAAUGAUGAAUGCUUCCGUCAAAGUUUUCAAAAAUGUCUUCCUGUCAAAUGAACAUAACCAUUAUUACCAUUCCUUAAAGCAGUUUUGACACAUUUGAUCAACUAUAGGAACGUCUUGGUUGUUUUGCUAAAUGCAGCAGUUUUAUUUUAAAAGAAGUUGGAUAUUUUGUGUUGAAUCUUGCUGACUUGACUUUCGUACCUGAUCAUCUCUCAGGAAUCUUAAAUGAGGGUCAUUGUCUCACAUACACAAUAUGGCCUCAGUGCUACUGAUGGGAAUCAGGCAUGAAGAAUGAUAAUGCAGCAAUCGGAGGCAUCAGAUGACUCUGAAACAGCUGUAUAGAGCAGCCAGGCUCUCUGCAUGCAGAGCACAAACACUUCAUUUCUCAUGGGAGUAAAGAAAAGACAGAUUAUAACAUACACAUCACACCCAGAACUGGUUUGCUUAGACCAGUGGUUCUCAAGUCCAGUCCACAAGGCCCACUGUCCUGCAUGUUUUGGAUGUUUCCCUGCUCCAACACACCUAAUUCAAAUGAUCAGCUCGUUAUCAAGCUCUGUAAUGGCUUAAUAACGAGCUGAUUAUUUGAAUCAGGUGUGUUGGAGCAGGGAAACAUCCAAAACAUGCAGGACAGUGGGCCCUGAGGACUGGACUUGAGAACCACUGGCUUAGACUGAGACUGUAUGAAAUGCUGAUACUUGCUGAGGUCUGAAUUGCUGAAAGUUAACUAUUAUGGUAUUGUUAAUGCAGAUGAUGCUGCUCUAAAUGCCACAGAGAAAAAGAGAAGACAACACCAGAGUCUGUCUUUUUUGUCAUGGUGGGAAACCUGAUAAAAGUAUAAGGACCUCUGUAACCAUCAGGAGCUGAAGCCGCAGGAAACAUACCCUGCCAAAUUCAAACUUUGCACCAUGAUGGUCUCAGGCUCACACGAUGAGCAUUUACCCUCCAGUGGAUCAGCAAGUAGAGGAAGUGUGAGACAGUACGGGUCCAAUCAGUCUGGAUCUCAACACUUUGGAGAACAACUGAGCUCUAAUGGGAAUGUUUCACCGGUUGAAGCCAGUCCUUAUUUGGGGCCACAGGAGUACUCAGAGACGGACUAUCUGCUGCCAGAUAAACUCUAUGGCAGGUCGACGCUCAGUGCAUCCGUAAGGUCAGAUGAUGCUUGUGGUUCAGAUGCACCCGCAGAGACUGUGUGCUCCAUGGUGCUGCAGAUCCUAGUGCCAUUUCUGCUGUCUGGCUUUGGGACAGUCUCUGCAGGGAUGCUGCUGGAUGUUGUUCAGGUAAGAAAAUGAAGACAAAAUUCACCUCAGAGUUUGGAUGUACUUUGAAGUUUUCAUUAGUUUGUGUUCCUCUAAACACUUGGAACAAAUUCAAAAAACCCCUUACUUAUCAUAAGAUAAAGAAGGUAGUGGAGGGUUUUCUGUCUUUUCUCCUUAUCUCUGAAAUGUUAAUGUAAAUUUAAGAAAAUUAAAUAAAAUCUGAGUUCCUGUUAAGAGAUUUUUGCUGGUACCACACCAACCAAGCGGUGAUUUCUCAUAAUGACCCACAAAAGUGGACAAAACAACCAUUAUUUCUGGAAAUAGACUAAAUUAUUGGUCUGCUGGUGAUUUGAGCCAAUAAAUGGCUAAUUUACAUUAUAGGCAUUACCUUGGCAUUUGCCCUCGCAAAGUUGAUCUUAUUGUUAUCUUUCUGAUUAAAAAAAUAUAUAUUCCCAUCCCUAUGAGAACAUAUCAAAUCUUAAACAGCCACUGGGUAAUGACUAAUAUAUAUUCUGUUAUUUUGCAUAAUGCAGUACAAUAAUAUGUAAUAUGUAAUAAUACUCACCGACACUUAAAGCAAAAAAAAAAGUGAGAUCAAAGAUCUUUAGAGAUAAACAGGGACUUUAAAUUUGGGACAUCAUGUUUGGCAAAUAAGUCAAGGAUGUAAAAAUGAUAAAAUCAGUUUUCUUAAACUAUUUUGGCAAAUUACAAGGACAGAAAAGACAGCACUUUGAAUCUGUGAGUUUGUGGUCAUGGUGGUGUUAAAUCUUGGUAUUAAUAUGAAGUUUGAAUUUUGCCCUUUUUUUCAUGUCAGAACUGGGACGUUUUCCAGGAGAUCACAGAGCUCUUCAUCCUGGUCCCUGCUGUAUUAGGCAUGAAGGGCAACCUGGAAAUGACUCUGGCCUCCAGACUCUCAACCGCUGUGAGUUUGUUAUCACUCACUCACUCACUCACUCACUCACUCACUCACUCACUCACUCACUCACUCACUCACUCACUCACUCACUCACAUGCACGAAUGAGAGAGAGAGAGAGAGUGAGAGAGAGAGAGAGAGAGAGAGAGAGAGAGAGAGAGAGAGAGAGAGAACAAGGGACUCUGAUGCACAGCCCUAAUACCAUGAGAUUUGGGCCAUUGGGUAAAGUAUUGAUAAAAAUAGAUUUUGAUUGGUAAAUCCUUAAAAGCCCAUAUUUAAUUGAAAAUAGUGUGAAGGCAACAGAUCAGGUGUCGAAACCCAAAUGUCUGGUCUUUUAAUGAUUAUAUUUGUUCUCAUUUUAGACGAUUUCAGCAGAACAUUUUUAAAAGCAAUCAAUCAAUCUCAAUCAUAUGAGCCACUUUUAAAAUGCAAAAGACUUCAAUAUUUUAGAAAUGUUGUCACCUCCUCACCUGAUAUGAGGUUCUGGGUGCUCAGCAGUUUCCUGUACUUGUGUUAUAACGCACCAGAUGUUUUCAAAGGCUGGCAAGUCAGAACUGCAGACAGGUCAAUUUUGUAACCAGUCUCUUCUAUUACAGAGCCUUGCUGUUGCAACACAUGCGAAAUGUAGUUUGACAUCUUCCUGAUGUGCUCUACAAGGUUUUCCUUAAAAGAAGCAUUAUGUGGAUGCAUAUGUUGCCCCAAGAUCUGCGUUAAAAGUUCAACUCAGCAUUGAUGGUGCCUGCCCAGAUGAGUAAGCAUGUUGUGUGCACUUAAGCAUCCCCAAACCGUCAUGGCUGCUGGCUUUUUAAGUGUGUGCUGAAGAAAAGCACAGUGGUGGCUCUCCUCUUUACAUUAAAAGUGUAAUGUCCAUGUGUGUUUCAUAAAACAAUCAAUUUUUUUACUUUGAAAAUUUGACUUGUUGUCUCUGUCCUAUUCUCAAAUACAUACAGUAUAUACUUUAAAGGGUCUUUAAACCAUCCAGUUCUGCUUUUAUCAACAUUUUGCACAGCACACCAACUCUUAUGAAGUUGGGGUUCACCUAAAGUUACCUCAGUGCAGAAUAUAGUUUGAUAGAUAAAAUGAAUGAAUGAUUGAUUACUAAACAAGUUGGGCAGAGGAGUUGAUGUGAGGUGAGAGUGAAUAUAAUGAAGGUUAUCCACAGGGGAACUACAAACUCUUUCUCAGAAUUAUAUUUUUGCUCUCUUGCAUCAGGGGCCUCUGCCUUUGUGUGAAACUCCUCACAGACCUGUGAACACCGCAGCUGCAGAUACACUUGCAAUGUAAUAUCCUGCAGAGACAAAACAAUGCUUACAGUAUUCAAACUGGUCAGAUAGUCACACUCAGAUAAACAAAAGGUUUGUCUAAGAAGAAAGAGAUGUAACACUAAACUGUGAGAAUGGACCCAAAUGCAAGACUCUAUACCCAGAUCCAAAGUUACAAACCUGGAAGGCACAUGAAGGCAGCAACUGAGACUAUCUGAAACAAGAGUCGUGGGUAAACCCAACAUAAAAUCGCAAUCACAAGGCAUAACACAUGAGGGAAGGAAGUAGAACAACUUAACUACCAAGAAACAUGAACAUGAUAAUACAUUUACCAUUAUUGGAAUAAAGUAUAAUGAAAAAUACCCCGUAAUCCUGUUGUUGUCUGCUAUCAAUAAUGACUCUUCUCUUGAAAGCUAUGAAAAUAAAGCUUGUAGUCAGAUUUAAGAACCCAGAAUAGAUUUCCCAUAUGAAAUUUAGAGUUCUUUAAGCAUGUAAACUGUGUGAAAGACUAGCUUCUUUGAAGUUUCUGAAAACGUGAACAAUAUUGGGUUCAUAUUUGAUGUGGUUAAGCUUGAAGUUAACAUGAAGCUGAUGGUUUCAGGUGAAUUCAGGAAAAAUGGGCUCUGCCAGAGAAAAGUGGAUGUUGAUUGCUGGGAAUUUGGCGCUCAAACAGGUAUCUGGAAUCAACUUUUUCUUUAAAUGAAAAAUUACCCUUUCAAUGUUUCAUUUCUAUCAUGAGCUGUUCAUGGGUAUACUUGUCUGAAUAUGAACUGUUACCUCUACAGCUACAGGCCACAGUGCUCGGUGUGUUAGCCUCUCUACUGGCCACUUUGUUGGGCUGGAUGGCAGAAGGACAGAUGCCCCUUGAUCACAUCAUGCUCCUGUGUUCAACCAGUAUUUCUACUGCCUUCGUGGCCUCACUGCUGCAAGGUAAGGUGACACCUUUAACACUAAAGUUAACCUUUUUAUACACUGGGUUUCCACGUUUAUCACGCACUUGCACCAAACAGUCAAAUACAGCAUUGGCUCCAGAGAGGGCUUUAUGGAUAUGUUUUUAAGUGCCCCAUAUGGGUUAAAAGUGACAGACAUUUUGGCUUCACCUUGCCUCAUAUUCUCUCAGGUAUUAUAAUGGUAGGAGUGAUUAUUGGCUCCAAGAGGAUGGGGCUCAACCCUGACAACGUGGCCACACCUAUGGCAGCCAGCUUUGGGGACCUCAUCACUCUCGCCCUGCUGGCCUGCUUCAGUCAGUGGUUCUUCUCCUUCAUAGGUAAAGACAUGGACGAGGAGGACAAUCAAAUGGUCCUUUUGAUGUAAACGCAUAUAUAAGGGACAAAGACAAGCUUUAGAUUGAUUCCUGUUUGCUUAAAUUACAUCUUUUUGCUUGACAGAUGUUUAUCCCUACGUGUUGUAUCUGGUGGAUCUGUUAUUACUGUGUCUGAUCCCUCUGUGGGUGAUCAUCGCCUCUAAACAUUCAGCCAGCCUCAUCCUGCUCCGCACAGGCUGGGAACCCAUCAUUACAGCCAUGGUCAUCAGCAGGUACUCCGUUUUGCUCAUCUGUCCAGUCUGACAGCAAAUGAUUUUUAUCAGCUGAUGUUUUAAAAGGUACAAUGCAAAAGAUGACACUGAGAUAAUUGUUUUUUAAUCGAUUUAGCCGUCAAUAAAUCUUAUGAAUAAUUAAACAAAUGGGAAUAACAUUGUCUCUUUUCUAGCUUGUUAGAAUUAUCUUUUAUUUCUAAAACACUUUUUCUUCAAGGGUUUCUGGUUUACCAAUUUGUUUUGCCAUUUGAAGAGCAAGCUUUUUUUUUAUUUUUUUUUUUUUAUUUAGUAUCGGAGGCCUUAUUCUGGAAAAGACUGUGUCUGAUCAAAACCUGGCAGGAAUCAUAGUUUAUGCUCCUGUCAUCAAUGGUAGGUCGUCCUCUUCUUCUCUUCAUUUUUUCAAGAUUUCAUGAUUUUAAAACUCUGAAUCAUUCAUAAUGAAAAAUACUCAAAUGAUGUAAUGUGUCAAUACAAUCUUCUAUUUUUCAAGCAUGUGUGAAUUCCAUACUGACUUCACUUCGGGGCAUGAAAAAGCAAUUGGAAAAGAGUUGGUCUUUCAGUUUAAAGUUUUAGUAGUGUGUCUCAUACAUUAUCAUAUAUUAGUAAAAGGUUUAGUGCUCUACAAAGAGGUUUUUCAUCAAGUUUUAAACAGAUUUAUUUCUGUUAUAACCAUGCUGAUUACUGUUGCUUUAACCUGAGUUUUAUUUUUGGUCCCUUUAUGCCUUUGUGGAGAAAGAUGGGACAGUGGAUAAAAAUAGAAAACCGCAAAGAUGUGUAAACUAUUCAUGCCACAAGCAGAGCAUGGUGUCCAUGAUUUGAUUUGUCAGACCGCAGGAUAGUUUUCCACUUCAUCUUAGUCCAUCUCAAAUGGGCACAGGACCAGAGAAAGCAUUUCUGCAUCAUAUUUAUACUACUGUGUAUGAUUUUUUCUAUGUGGUGUAGUAUUAACCUGUGAUACAGUAAUGAACUGUUUACAUUAGUUUGGGGCAGUGAGUUUUAGCCCAUGCAGUGAUUUUCACCACAGAGUCAUGUGUGGUUUUAACAAAGUGACACCAGAGGAUAGUGAACAGAGCAGAAAAGUGUAAAGAGAAGUGCAAAGAGUCCACAAAGCCCCUCUGUUCACCUUCCAUAAUAUAUAUUUUUCCUCUUCAGGUAUAGGGGGGAACCUCGUCUCCAUCCAGUCCAGUCGUAUUUCCACAAGUUUGCAUUUAAAUUACCCACAUAGAGAGGUUCCCGAAGACAGGCAGAGUUGCUACAACCCCUGCCGAACUUUCUUUGGUACAGGUAAAUCUCAGGAGUUCAAACAUGUCGUUGGGGGCAGCUUGGUAACCUUGGUAACACACAUAUCUUCCCCCAGCACACAUGCACACAAUAACGUUUUAUUGUUUUUUUUCUGUGAUGGCAGGAGCAAACCAUCGAUCAGCUCAGGUUUUACUCCUCUUGGUCAUACCUGGUCAGCUGGUCUUCAUAUACACCAUUCACCUGAUCAAGGGGGGCCACACUCUGCCCAGUCCUCUCUUCACUGUCACCUUCCUGUCUGCAUCUCUGAUUCAGGUGGGUCUUAAGUGUGGUCAUUUAAACUCUCCAUACUUCAUCACUAUUCAACGAUAUCACUCCUGUGUGUGUCUCUCAGGUUUCCUCCCUGCUGUGUAUGGCUGACUGCAUGGUCCACUGUCUGUGGCGGAGGGGUAAAGACCCGGACAGUUAUUCCAUACCUUACCUCACAGCACUUGGAGAUCUGUUAGGGACCACUCUGCUGGCUCUGUCAUUCCUCAUCCUGUGGUGUGCUGGAGACUCAGGCAGUGUGUAGUUUCAAUGCAAUACAACCCUAACCACAUGGGAUACUUUUCAUCUGUUUGCUCUGUUCUGUUUCAAAUUUGUCAUGAUUUUAUAAUUGGAGCCGCUUUGACACCAAAAGAAUAGUUACAGGGGCUUCUUCAUGGUAUUAAAAUGUCACUUUGGCCCAUUGCUGUCUGCAUUUCCACACAGGUCAAAGAACUGGGACAAAAAAGUGAAAUAAAUGAAUUUACAUGUCGAGGAUUCCUCUGAAUAAAGAGUCUGAGUAUUCAGCACUGCGAUACUUUGAAAAGACUUCCUCUCUUGCAUGGAUCUUUUGGGAGAACAGAGGACUCUGAGGAUUUUAUUUGGACUCUCUAUUUUUAAAUUAACACAAGUGUAUUUAGCUAUAACACUCAUUGUCUGCGAAACUAAAGAUAUGUUACUUUUUAGUCAUAGAACUGGAAAUGUUUCACAGUUGGACAACACAAUUUGUUUCUGAGAAAAGGUUUUAUUUUUUUUAAAGCAAAACUUUCCAGGCUUUUGUGCUUUUUAUCAAAGAGGAGAGGACAGUGGACAGAGGGGCUGACAUUUGGGAAAGUGGCCACAGGUUGGCUGCCCAAUCGAGGACUAAAGCCUUUGUACGGGGCACACUGCUUAACCACUCGGCCGAACAAACAUCCUCACGAUCAUUUUUCAGUCAGAGGCAGUUUCUUUGAGAAAGGGAUGCUGUGUGAAAUUUACAAUUGGAUCCCAGCACCGCAUUUACAAGUUGUUGGGACAGUGGCAUGUUUACUAUUGUGUUUGAUCACCCUUCUUAUGGGAAUCCAGG